AAAACUUUUUCUUUUUUUAGAGAAAUAAUGAAUUCUGAUUCUGAAUCGGACUGGGACAGUAUGUCUGAAGCCCCAAAUCCCCCAAAGCAAUCAGCUGUUCAUCACAAAGCUUCCAACGGAUUCAAACAAAAUGGCCACGCACAUCAGGAAGAAAAUGGCCGGCUUGAUUCACACCUUAGACAUGAGUUAGAUAAUGGACUGAAAGCAAUGCCUUUUAAAAGAACUUUAGAAACUGGUGAAAGGAAGGAAGCCCUCCAAGUUAUUACAAAGUAUCCUCCUCCAAUUAAAAAGGAGAAUAGAAGCAGUAAAAAACAGAAGAGAAUAUUUACAAAUAGAGAAUAUGAAAAAUCUCCAAUUAGUAGUAUAAAAGGGCACGCUGUUCAAGAGAAACGAGAAGAACAUCAUCAACAGAAAAAAGAUGAUUUUAUAGAAAACACUGCCCCUAAACAUUCCAAGAGAAUUUUAAAGUCGGAGCCUGAACUACAAGGAAAUCCAGCCAAAGAAUCAAACAUGGCGCGGCAAAAACUUCGAAGUAAACUGGUGAAAUCUGACAGUGUUCAUACUGACGAGACACUCGCAACCAUCAAAGAAGGAGUUGAGACGCCAACCAGAAAGAUUCAAGAAGAAGUCAUAGAUUCAGGUUUAAUAAAUCCUUCGUUUGAAGAAGACACGGCAGAAGAAAGUACUUUCCAACCUGAAGAUGAAGAUAGGAUUCAUUUUGACUUUCAGAGCAAGGCAGUGGAUUUCCAAGAAUGUCCGACUCUGAUGCAUUUCCAGAAAUUAGAAACAAACUCUUUUCAAAUAUAUUUCCAGAAAGAUGGAGCAUUAGCGGACAAUUUGAUUGCACCAAUGACAAUGUGCUGCCAGAGAACCCUGGCGGAAUUAAUUGGAAUUAUAAAGAUUCCCUUUAUUCUCAUCUUUAUUAUCCUUGGUAAGGAAAAAUAUCAACAUCUGAAGAUAUUUCUAACUUUUUAA